AUGCCUGGUGCGGCGCGCGGUGGUUCAAACGUCAUUGACGUCAUGAGAGGCGAUUCCGGAACUCCAGGAGCGGGACAACGCCGCCCCCAGCGAAAGAAGGUGAAGACGAGAAGGGCGAUAGAGUCAAAGCUACAAGAAGAUAUGGAUUGGGAAGAGGAAAGCAACAUUGAGAAAAUGCCGAGAAAUCACAAGAAUCGCACCAUCCGGGUUGCAGCAGCCGACGAGGCGAGGGACGAGACCCGAGAAUCAGAACAAACCGUGGAUCAUGACCUUAACAACAAAUUGAACAUCAUGAAAGCAGAAAUUCAGACGGAAUUCAAAAAACUUAAGGACCAUAUGGCAGAGGAGAUCGCCAAAAUGACGGCCCAGCUGACUCAAGAGCUGGCACAGGCGCGAGAGGAGCUCACUCAAGCCCGCAGUGAGCUCGAGCAGACCAAGAUACAGCUACACACCAUGACUAGAGCUCAAGAAACCCCAUCGUAUCGACCGACGUAUGCAGACAUCGCCCGACAGACCCCUCUGGUCAGCAUUCCCACCCCGCCGACCUCCACCGGUCGGCCGGCGACACCGGAACCGACGUUCUGCAUCGUGGACAUGUCAAGGGUUCCGGAGGAUCAUGCCAGUGAAGCUACACCAGUAGCGCUUCGCAAGCUCAUUGAGCAUGAUAUGCGUGCGCCUGGCGACCAACCCAGCUGGCGCUGUGUUGCCGUCACAAGAGAUAGAGGAAGCACCAAUCGUCUUAGGGUCAUCAGUAGGAACGAAGGGGAAUUGAAGAAGAUCAAAGACAUCGUCGAAGCAAAGAAAACGCCGGGUGCGAGAGUCCUUCGAGAUCAGCUAGACUCCUCAAUGAAGGCUUCUUCUACGCCGGAGGAGAAUCAGGGUAUACGGGGGUGUUCGAACGUCGGAUGCGGCCGGACCAGUGCUACAACUGCCAGCAGAUCGGCCACAAAGCGUUCCAGUGCAGAAACCGUCAAGCGUGCGCCAAGUGCGGCAAGGAUGGUCACCACCAUCGCAGCUGCAGCGAAGUGGUUGCCAAAUGCAUCUUAUGCGGCGGCCCACAUGAAUCAUUUAGCAGAAGCUGCCAGAGGCUCUACCCAUCUCGUCAUGAGUAGAACGCUCCGCCUAAUCCAGCUUAAUGUGAGGAAGCAAGGUGUGGUGCACGAAAGCUUGAUGAACGACAAGGACAUUCAGAACGCAACAGUCUUGGCCAUCCAGGAGCCUCAUGCACGUAGGAUUCAUGGCCGACUCUUCACAACCCCCAUGGGACAUCACAAGUGGAUCAAGAUGGUUCCCUCGACUUGGAGGGAAGGCAGAUGGGCAGUUCGAAGUAUGCUUUGGGUGAACAAGGACGUGGAGGCGGAACAGGUACCGAUAGGGUCGCCGGACAUGACAGCAGCAAUCUUAAGGCUCCCCGGUCGGCGAGUCUUGGUAGUAUCGGUCUACGUACCAAAGCAGGACCCUCAAGCUCUACGGGAGACGUGCGACAAUUUACACAAGACAAUCAUGGGUGCAAGACGAGACGCGGGCACGACGGUAGACGUGGUAAUUGCCGGAGAUUUCAACCGGCACGACCAGCUGUGGGGAGGAGACGAUGUAUCUGUGGAAAUAAAAGGAGAGGCAGAUAGUAUCAUCGACCUGAUGAACGAGUUUGCCCUUCGCAGUCUGCUUCGACGGGGCACAAAGACAUGGCAUCUCGGGGAUUCCAACACGACCAUCGACCUGGUCCUGGCGUCUGCCGAGCUGGCGGAAACAACAGUCAAGUGUGCGAUCCACAGGACGAAACACGGAUCGGAUCACCGCGCGAUUGAGACGGUCUUUGACACCUUGGUCCCAGUACCAAAGGAACGGGACCGGCUUCUGCUCCAGAAUGCACCUUGGAAAGAAAUUAAAACCGAGAUUGCGAGGGCACUAGACGCCACCCCUUCGGGAGGCACUGUACAGCAGCAGACAGACCGACUAAUGUCGGCGGUCUUGGAGACGGUCCAAACCCUGACACCGAAAGCGAGACCAUCGCCAUAUGCCAAGCGGUGGUGGACAACCGACCUUACACAACUGCGUCGCAUUUACACAUACUGGAGGAACCGUGCUCGGACCGAACGACGAGCCGGGCGAUCCUUGGUGGACUUGGAGGAAAUGGCGAAAGCGGCUGCGAAACAGUACCACGACGCUAUCCGGCAACAGAAGAAGAAGCACUGGGACGACUUUCUUGAAGACAACAGCAAUAUCUGGAAGGCUGCCAAAUACCUAAAGUCUAGCGACGACAUAGCGUUCGGGAAGGUGCCACAGCUCGUCAGAGCAGACGGAACAGCCACGGCCGACCACAGAGAACAAGAAGAACUCUUAACCACCUUCUUUCCUCCCCUUCCAGAGAGGAUUGAAGAUGAAGGUGCUAGACCGCAGCGAGCUCCCGUAGCAAUGCCGCCAAUCACCAUGGAAGAGGUAGAGCGACAACUAUUCGCAGCCAAAUCUUGGAAAGCACCUGGGGAGGACGGCUUACCGGCGAUAGUCUGGAAGCAGACUUGGCCAGUGGUCAAGUACCGUGUUCUCGCACUAUUUCGAGCAUCUCUGGAGCAUAGCACACUGCCCAGUCAAUGGCGACACGCCAAGAUCAUACCGCUUAAGAAGCCCGGCAAGGACGACUACAGUGCUGCCAAAGCCUGGAGACCGAUCUCACUUCUAGCAACGCUCGGCAAGCUGCUGGAGUCGGUCGUCGCCGAAAGGAUCUCACAUGCGGUUGAGACAUAUGGGCUCCUCCCGACCAACCACUUCGGAGCGUGCAAGCAACGAUCGGCGGAGCAAGCGCUCAUACUCCUCCAGGAACAGAUUUACACCGCCUGGAGAGGUCGAAAGGUAGCAAGUCUGAUCAGCUUUGAUGUGAAAGGAGCCUACAAUGGAGUCUGCAAGGAAAGACUUCUUCAGCGGAUGAAGGCACGAGGCAUCCCAGACGAGCUGCUUCAAUGGACAAACGCCUUCUGCUCGGAGCGCACAGCCACAAUUCAAGUCAAUGGAUAUACAUCCGAGAUUCAAAGCCUACCUCAGGCUGGUCUACCUCAAGGCUCUCCCCUAUCCCCGAUCUUAUUCCUCUUCUUCAACGCGGACCUCGUACAACGACGAAUCGACAGCCGUGGUGGUGCGAUAGCCUUCGUGGAUGACUUUACAGCGUGGAUCACGGGACCUACGGCGCAGAGCAACCGAGAAGGCAUAGAAGCCAUCAUCAGGGACGCCCUAGACUGGGAGACAAGGAGUGGUGCGACCUUCAAUGUCCAGAAGACAGCAAUCAUACACUUCACUCGCACAAUCUAUAAGACCGACGCACAACCAUUCACCAUCAAGGGGCAGAUUGUCAAGCCUCAAGACCAUGUCAAGAUCCUUGGCGUGCUCAUGGACACAAAACUAAAGUACAAAGAACACAUUUGGAGGGCUGCGUCCAAAGGCCUGGAAGCAGCGAUGGAACUGAAACGCCUCCGAGGUCUGUCCCCAUCAACGGCGCGGCAGCUGUUUACAUGCACAGUUGCCCCCGUGGUAGACUACGCCUCCAAUGUGUGGAUGCACGCAUGCAAGAAUAAACUCGCAGGACCCAUCAACAGGAUCCAGAGAGUGGCGGCGCAAGCCAUCGUGGGGACCUUCCUCACAGUGGCAACGAGCGUAGCGGAAGCAGAAGCUCAUAUUGCCAGCGCACAAGAUCGGUUCUGGAGACGGGCCAUCAAACUAUGGACCGAUAUUCACACCCUGCCAUACACCAACCCAUUACGCAGAAACACGUCUCAAAUGCGAAAGUUCAGGAAAAGCCACCGCUCGCCACUCUACCAGGUGGCAGACACACUGAAAGACAUCGCAAUGGACGAGCUGGAAACCAUUAACCCGUUCACAUUGACACCUUGGGAGAACCGUGUACAAACUGUCACUAACGAGCCGACGACAACACGCCGGAAUGCCAACGACGAUAUUAUAUGCAUCGCCGUAAGCAGCUCGGCGCGAAACGGCCUGGUGGGAGUUGGCGGAGCUGCGACGCUGCCGGCAUCUGCAUACGGCACCCCAAAACUUGGGACCUUCUUCCUCUACGCUUGGCUCAAGGGCGCCGCUCCGGAAGUACAAAUGCCCAGGAUGCGGUCGACAACCCUCAACGUAGCACGGUCCAAGAGAGACAGCAGCAAUCACCUGCCAGACAAAGUCGGAGCUCAUUCCAAGCGAGUCGACGCAGCACUACCAGGGAAACACACCCAACUGCUGUACGAUCAUCUAUCUCAUAAGGAGGCUGCCAAACUUGCUCAGCUCAGAACAGGCAUGGCAAGGCUCAACGGUUACCUCCACCGAAUCGGAGUAGCACCGUCAGACCAGUGCGCAUGUGGACAAGCAAAAGAGACAGUGGACCACUUCCUAUUCCGAUGCACAAAAUGGACAGCGUACCGAAGAAAGAUGCUCGAAUGCGACGACCAGGAGACGCCGCUGUUGGCCGAAGACAUUGCGAUCAAGAGGGAGUUCGACGAAGCGCUUGCCGCAGAGGAGAUGCAACGAUGUCUGCGUUGCAAGGAGCGCUGGUUUGACAUCAAGCUCAUGGCGGAUGGCGUUUGUAAGCACUGCCACGACAAGGAUGACAAGAAACGGCAGGAGGAAUCUUUUUUUUUCUCCGCAGAGAACAAGCUUGAUUUUGGCCCGGUCCCACCACAGUUGCCCCAACUAAAGCCGUUGGAGGAGCUUUUCAUUGCGCGUGUGCACGUCAGCGUCAAUGUUCGUGGGCAGCAAUACAAGUAUCGUGGUCAUAUUGUACACUUCCUGCGCGACGUGGGCAAGGUGUAUUCCGAGCUUCCCUUAUUGCCCAAGGAUUUGGACAUUGUUAUCCUCCGCCCACGUGGAUCUGAGAAUGCUGAACAGAUGGACCGACAAUUCCGCAACCGCUUCCGAGUCCAGCCGGAAGAGGACGGAGAGGUUGUUGACGAAGCUGAGGUGCCCAAUAUGCUAGUCCAUGACUCAGAAUUGAACCAGCUCCAGGAGCGAGUCGACGGUGGGGCUGCUGAAGUCAAUGCCGCCAAUGAGCAAGUGCCCCUACAGCCCGUUGAGCCUCAGGCUGCUCAUCAGCUGAAGAUGCCUUCCAUCCGACGUACUCCUCUCGACGAGUUCAACCAAACGCAUGCGCUGCUCUCACUAGCUUGCCCGACCCUGUUUCCUCGAGGGGUUGCGGACUUCGUUGAACCUAGGCAGCGCAAGAUCUCCUAUCAGGAUUACAUCCAGCAUGCCAUGAAGUGGGAAGAUGGCCGAUUCGCUGAACAUCACAGCUUCCGAUUCAUUUGCGCUAAACACUCUGAUGAGGCAGCAGGCAAGGGGUCAAAGUCGAUUCUACGUCAGCAAGAAUCACCGCACACCUCUCGGAUCUAUCGCGAGACACCAUCACGAGCUAUUAUCAGGCAACUGCAGGCGUUAGAUGCUGUGGGGGGGAAGGAUCCCUCAGAGGAGUCAAUAGGUAUAUAA